AUGUCUUGUUCCGCUAUUUUUAUAUUGGACUUCAAAGGAAAUGUGUUGGUUUCAAGGAACUAUCGAGGCGAUGUAGAGACUAGUUGCAUCGAAAAGUUCAUGCCAUUACUAGUGGAGCGAGAAGAAGAAGGAAUAGUUUCUCCUGUAGUUCAAAAUGGAGAUAUUAGCUAUACUUACAUCAAGCACACGAAUGUUUAUUUGGUUAGCGUUGCCAAGAAAAAUAUGAACGCGGGGCUAGUUUUAUCCUUCUUGUAUAAAUGUGUUGAGGUUUUCUGUGAAUACUUUAAAGAUUUAGAAGAAGAAUCAGUAAGGGAUAAUUUUGUGAUAAUAUAUGAGUUGUUCGAUGAAAUGAUGGACUUCGGUUAUCCACAAUCAACUGAAGGCAAAAUACUGCAAGAAUACAUAACACAAGAAGGACACCGACUUGAAAUUGCUCCAAGACCUCCUACAGCAGUCACAAAUGCUGUUUCGUGGCGCUCAGAGGGUAUCAAGUACAGAAAGAACGAAGUUUUCCUUGAUGUUAUUGAAAGUGUUAAUAUGCUGGCUAAUGCUCAAGGAACAGUUUUACGAAGUGAAAUAGUAGGCAGUAUUAGGAUGAAAGUUGUUCUUAGUGGCAUGCCUGAAUUACGGCUCGGACUAAAUGACAAAGUUAUAUUCCAACAAGCGGGAGCGGGACGAGGAAGAGGUGGAAAGGGAGUAGAGCUCGAAGACGUGAAAUUCCAUCAAUGCGUUCGUUUGUCUCGUUUUGAAUCGGAGCGAACAAUUUCUUUCAUUCCUCCUGAUGGUGAAUUCGAGCUUAUGAGUUAUAGACUUACAACUCAGGUUAAGCCACUAAUUUGGGUAGAAUGUGUAGUCGAAAAACACCCGCACUCCCGUGUUGAGUACAUGGUUAAGGCUAAGUCGCAAUUCAAAAGGCAAUCUAUUGCAAAUCAUGUAGAAGUCAUUAUUCCUGUUCCUUCGGAUGCUUAUUCACCAAAGUUCAAGACGAGCACCGGAUCGGUAAAGUAUGUCCCAGAACUCAACGCCUUUGUGUGGACUAUUAGAAGCUUCCCUGGUGGAAGAGAAUAUUUAAUGCGUGCUCAUUUUUCUUUACCCUCCAUUGUGAGUGAAGAGCUGGAAGGACGGCCACCCAUUAACGUUAAAUUUGAAAUUCCAUAUUAUACAACUAGUGGUUUGCAGGUGCGUUAUUUGAAAAUCAUAGAGAAGAGUGGAUAUCAAGCCUUGCCAUGGGUACGUUAUGUGACCCAAAAUGGGGAUUAUCAAUUAAGAAUGAGCUAA